AUGUUGGGCAGCGGUGGGAAGGCUGACCAAAGCAGCAGGUGGAGUGCCAGAGGCUCGGGGAGGGAGGCUGCUGAAGUGGGCAGUUGGGCCACUAGCAAGAGCAACGCGGAUGAGUGGAAAGUGGCCUCAGAACAAGUGGGGGAGAUUCAGGAUCAAUGGGAAUAUUACAGGCCUGGUGAUCUGAUUAUUGGUGGGAAUUUACCUCUGGCAACCAUUUCUUCUGCAAGCAUCCCAGACUUUCAAAAAGACCCAUUCCUUCUUACUUAUCGAAUGUUACAUGAAUCCAAGAGCUACCAGCAGUUCCUAGUCUUGAUGUUUGCAGUUGCAGAAGUCAACAAAGGUCUGGUUCUCCUCCCAAACAUCACUCUUGGCUUCAACAUUUAUAGCAAUUUCCAGGUUGAGAGGAAGAUUUUCCUAAUCAGCUUCUUUCUGCUCUCCUCACAAAACCAAAUGGUUCCAGGUUAUAAAUGUGAUCAGAAGGACAUUCUGCUUUCUGUUAUUGGAGGUUUCAAUUCCAAAUCCUCAAGGCAGAUGGCUUCCAUCUUCAGCAUCUUCAAGGUCCCACAGCUUGGUGCUGAUUUUGAUUUCACUCAGAUAGACAGAAAAGUUUAUCCUUCCUUCUUCCGGAUUAACCCCAAUGAAUUUCAUCAGUACGUGGGUUUACUCCAGCUGCUCCUGUAUUUCCAGUGGAACUGGGUUGGGCUGGUAGCCCCUGAAGAUGACAGUGGAGACCAUUUCAUCUCAUCUCUGAUGCCAAUGCUUGAGGAGAAGGAGAUCUGCCUAGCUUUCACUGAAAUGUUGAAAUCAGAUAAUAUUUAUAAUACAGUGACAAAAUUACUUCGUAUUUUCCCAACUUGGUCUAAAACUGAAGUGGUUAUUCUCUUUGGUGAUUCUAAUAGUAUUACUAGUGUACAGGUGGCUCUGUAUACUCAAGAAAAAUUGAGACACACACCAUUUUGGAAAGUUUGGAUCUUAACUUCUCAUUGGAAACUUAGUGUAGUGGGAUCUCGAGACAUAUUGCAAGUUAUAAAGCCUUUCCAUGGGGCUUUACAUUUUAGGGGCCAUACCGAGGAUGUCCCAGAAUUUAGCCAUUUUCUCCUGUCUUUAGACCCUUUGAAUCCACAAAGGGAUGUUUUUCUCCCACUAUGGUGGGAAAUGGUCUUCGGUUGCAAGAUUCACAAAGCAGGCAAUAUCCCUCCAAAGGGUGAAAAACAAUGUACAGGAAAAGAGAAUUUACACAAUCUGCCAAAUUAUAUUUUUGAAACAAGAAUGACAGAUGAAAGUUACAACAUCUACAAUGCCAUAUUUGCUGCAGCACAUGCAUUACACAGAAUGUAUGGAUCAGGAGCACGACCAACCAUGACAAGACUUAGAAAGAGAAUCUCAAAUGUCCAGUCAUGGCAGAUUCUUUCCAGUUUGAGGAACGUCCAGUUCAACAACAGUGCUGGAGAAGAAGUCUUCUUCUCAGAAAAUGGACUGGGAUCUGCUCGUUAUGAUCUUUUCAACUGGCUUUUCCUCCCGAAUCAAUCUUUUGUCCCUGUGAAAGUUGGAGAGAUAGAUCCUAGGGCUCCCCCAGGUCAAGGUUUCAGCAUUAACUCUGAACAAAUCAUUUUAGCUACAAAGCACUAUCAAACUCCCGUGAAAUUUAUAUACCUCUUAGAGAAGGAAGAUAUCUUUAUAGAUGCAGAACACUGUGACCCUUGCCCAGAAGAUCAAUACCCCAAGAAGGACAAUGACCAGUGCAAAGCCAAGAAGGUCCAUUUCCUAGCCUAUGGAGAGAGUUUGGGAUACACCAUAGUUUUCCUCACUCUUUCUCUCUCCAUGAUCACAUUGGCAGUCCUGGCAAUUUUCCUUAAAUACCGUGACACACCUAUUGUCAAGGCCAACAAUCGAGAUCUCACCUACAUCCUUCUAGUCUCCCUCCUGCUCUGUUUCCUCUGCUCCUUCCUCUUCAUUGGUCAACCUAUGAAGCUGACCUGUCUCUUCCGACAAACCACCUUUGCCAUUCUUUUUUCCCUUGCGGUUUCUUCUGUGUUGGCAAAGACUGUCAUGGUGGUUCUGGCCUUCAUGGCCUCCAAGCCAGGGAACAGGGCAAGGAAACUCUUAGGAAAACCAUUGACCAAUUCCAUUGUCUUAGGCUGUCCCCUGAUCCAAGCAGUUCUUUGUGCCACCUGGCUGGGAACCUCUCCCCCAUUUCCAAACUUGGACUUCCACUCACUGAUUGGUGAGACCAUCUUGGAAUGUAAUGAAGGCACACCUUCAAUGUUUUUUAUUGUCCUCGCGUACCUUGGCUUUUUGGCCCUCAUCAGUUUCACAGUGGCCUUUUUAUCUAGGAAAUUGCCUGAUAGUUUUAAUGAAGCCAAGUUCAUUACUUUUAGCAUGCUAGUCUUUUGCAGUGUUUGGAUCACCUUCCUUCCCAGUUAUAUGAGCACCAAAGGGAAGUCCAUGGUGGUUGUGGAGAUCUUCUCCAUUUUGGCCUCUGGAACUGCUCUCUUGGUUUGUAUCUUUUUUCCCAAAUGCUACAUUAUCCUAUUGAGGCCCAAUCUGAAUUGUAGAGAGAAUAUAAUGAGGAAUAAGAAUCUCUGA